AACAACGACGAGCCUGCAGUCGUGUAUGAAAACGAAGUGAACAAGUCAUAUGUCAGCCGGUGCCUGCCGAUAUCCACGGACUUUCAUAGAAUCCGCUAACGUUGGUUAUGCCAUACAAGGCAUGGCAGACAAACAGAACAAUGAGGUGGAGGAGGCAGACCAGGUGUACCUGCUAAUGAAGGAGGAGUACCGUAUCUCACGCAACGUACGUCUGGCCUGGUUCCUGGGCAAGCUCAAUCAGGUCAUCUGGCCGGUUCCAAAGUCUGAACUGCUGAACUCAGAGAAUGAGCUGGACCUGCUCAGCAUCCUGCCCAAGGGAUGGCAGCCAGAUUUCUCCCCCUCCACCCUGCCCUACCUGCUGGUACCCUCCACCCGUGUCACCUUCCUGUCCCGCAGGUACCGCUUCAUCAUCGAGCUGGACCUCAGCCCCUCCACUGGCAUUGUGGAUGACAGCACAGGGGAGAUGAUAUUUGACGAGGUGUUCCAUGCCUUGUCACGAUGCUUAGCUGGACUGGUCCGACCCUUCAAAGUUCCAGGCACAGAUCUAUUAUUUCAGCCUGAAAUCUUCAUCACUAUCCUGGCUUAUUCCUCCAUCAUUGGGCUCAAUACACACCAGGUGCUGGUGCAGGGUUGUCAGCUGGAUCGUACAGACCUGGACAGUUUCCUACACCAGAUCUAUCAGCAGCUUCGGUCAGUGGAGAACAACAUAGCAGAGGUCCUACAACAACAUCACGGCCAUCUUCAACAGCAGCAUGACCAGGCAAGGGAACCAGGAGGGAAACUGGGGAAGAAACAUGGCGUUUCCAUGGUGACUGCAGACGUAGGGCUGGUCAGCAUGGUGCGACAGGGCAUCCUAGCUCUACAGCUGUUGCCCCCCAACUCCAUCGCAGGUGUAAUCAUAAUUACAGAUGGGGUGACCAGUGUGCCUGACGUGGCUGUGUGUGAGACCCUUCUGAACCAGCUCAGGAGUGGAACCAUCACCUGCUCCUUCAUUCAGGUGGGCGGGGCCUACUCAUACGACUGUAGUUUUGGGUACAUCCCUAACGUUGAGCUGAUGAAGUUCAUCUCCUUGGCGACCUUUGGCUCCUACCUGUCUAGCUGUCCUGAGCCUGACCUGGCCAGUCAGGACAUGAACACCUACCACAACGCCUUCCUCACAUACUCUUUCCUCAAGACCAGCGAGUCCAUGAACCCUGAGUACUACUGUGUGUCUCAGCACAAGCUGUUCAAUGAGCACCUGGUGUCAGCCCGUGGGAACCCUGCAUUAGUGAUGAGGAGGAAGAAGCACACAGAGAAGGAGGUGCACGCCCAUCUGGUCAGUGUGGUGUCGGUCAGACUGAGAGAGGGAUACACCAUCAGGGAGAUCAACCUUACCAAAGGUGGCACCCAGCUGGAGGUGAAGCUGGUGUUGCUAUGGAAACACAACAUGCAAAUAGAGUACCUAGCGGUGGCCCAGUGGCCCCUGGACCCUGUCAAGAGGACCACCUGGGUAGAGGUCACCAUGGAGGGAAGCUACGACAUCCUCCAUGAUAUCAGCUGUACUCUGAGGAAACCCAUCACCUCUCCAUACCGCACCUCUGUCAUACGACGAUUUUGGAACACACUGCAGAGUAUAAACCAGACGGAUCAGAUGCUGGUCCACUUGCAGUCCUUUAACUCUCUCCCAGAGAAUUACACCAUACCUGAGAGCAUCAAGAACGGAGUUCCUCUCUUCUACAUCCCCCCUGGAUCCACCAUGCCGGUUCUCUCCCUACAGCACAGUUGCUCUAAAGACUCCUCCCAGUCCCAGUUUGCCUCAUACUGGAAGCCCAUCCUGUCCAUGGAUGCAAACUUCUGGCAGAGAUGGCUUCACAUGCACCGCAUCACCAUCAUCCUGGAGCACGACAUGCCUUUGCCCAAGCACCUUCACACUGCCGGUAGUAACGGGCGGUUUAGCACCAUCCAGUGUCGUAUCUCUCACUCAGCCCUCACCUCCCUACUGAGGGACUGGAGCAGCUUCGUUCUGGUGGAGGGAUACUCAUACGUCAAGCUCAUAUACAGUGCCUCUGACCAGCCCCCCAACUCCUUCUAUCUGGUGCGUCUGAUCUCCAAGCUCCCAUGUAUGGUUCUGAGGCUGGGCUUUCCUAUCGGAACCCUGGCCCACACCAGGAACAAGAUAGUGGAUGAGUUGCGGGAGCAGAUCCUGAGGCUUCGCUUCCCUCAGCGCAUCCGGAACAAGGAGGCUACGCCCAAGAGGAAGAUUCUGGGGCACGCCUCCCGCUCCAAGUCCCCUCCUCUCCCUACUUCCAAACCUGCGUUGUCUGACCGGCCAUGUAUGGUUGUCCUCAACAAACCUCUGGAGAAACUGCUCAUCAGCUACGAUAAGCUCCCGUCAGACUUCCGGAUGCCCUUCAUUCUGAACAUGGAGAACUUCACCCAGCUCCCCAGAAUGACCGGGCCCCUCAGUAUGGCAGCCAAUCGCGCAGCCUCGUCCACCCUAGCGUCUCUUUCGCGCUACUUUCUCCACCAGCGCUGGGUCUGGACGGUGCAGGGCGGCCUUGGAUCUACCGUUCCCCUGCAGGCUGUGGCUCAUAUACUGUCCAUGCUGUCUGAGAUUCGCCUCUCUGAGGGCUUUCAUUUUGCUGCCAGUGGAGAUGGCGUAGUCAACAUGGUGACUGAACUGCCAAUGAAGGGGAUGCCAGAGRCGGUGGACGGAGAGAGUCACACCUGUAUUGUCCAGUAUAUCCUGUUUCCACCUCACUCCACCUCUACCAAGGACAGUUUCUCCACAGACGAUGACAAUGAUACAGAGGUGGAGGCCAUCGAUGUGGACACAGGGCUCAACCUGGUGACCGAGUGUUGGGUUGAGCCUCAGAGUAGGACAGUAUGGAGCCCCAGAGACCAACACAGACACUUCCAGGAGCUCACCUACCAGGAGAUACCCCAGGCGAUUUUCCCCCGGGAUCUGGCCUCUGUGUCCACCAUGAUGACGUUUGAGUACCUGAGCCAGCUGUGCCAGAACAAGGAGCAGGUGUACCCGCCCGUCGGGGCAGGGGACCCCCCACCCUCUGAGGACUGCAUCCACACCAUUCCCUUCCAGUUUGACCUCAUUGAGCUGCUGCCCAAGUGCCAACAGAUAGAGAUCUUCUUCCUCACUCUCAGCAGAGUGGAGAAUGAGGUGUCCCAGGGUGCCCCCUACCUGCCCAACGAACUCCUGCUUAGUCUGUUCCACAGCAGCUUGCAAAACGAGCUCAGUGACCGGGAGAUCACAUUGGUUGACCACGAAAACGUCACCUUCAUGCAUCACAUCUUAGACAGGGAACGAGACGGACAUAUUGCACCCUUCUCUCUACCUGUCAUCAGAGAGGAGUGCCUGAAACCUCCAGAGAGACAGGACACGGUGAUGUCAUUCCAAACUAUAGAGAACAGUAAAGAAGUGACUGGAUCCACCAGUACCCUGCAGAGUUUCAGCAAUGCAGACCUGGUGGACGAGGAGUCAGUCCCAGUGGAGAGGGAUGGGUCUACCCCUCAGUGGAAGUGUUACGCCAAGUACAUCAGCCCCCAACAGAUCCUCCUCACCUUCCUCCCUGACACCUUCACAGAUGUCCAGAUGUUGAUGUCAUCUGGGCUGGAUACAGAGCCCCAGGGUAAUGGAGAGGAUGAUGACACCCUGAUUAUCAGCAACAAAUCACAGGCCGAUUCUCACUCUGUCUCCACCAAUGGGCUGGAUGGUGGGUUGACUGGCRAGCUGAUGUCCCCUCUGCUUUCCCCUGGUGGUGGUGGUCCUGUGGGACCCCGGUCGCGCCUGCUCUCCCCUGGAUCUGGGAGCUCCACGAUGGAGCAUGACAACUGGGAGAGCCGGCCCUCUGAGCCAGAAAAUGGCACUAAAGGUGUGGAUGAGAGGGAUGGGGUGCAGUUUGCUGAGCCCCAGAAGGGAGACUUCCACAUCACGUUCAGUAGCCAGGUGUACCAGCAGAGCUCAGGGGACCUGUCUCAUCCGUGCUGCCCUGUAUACGUCUAUAACUGUUCCCUGGACUCUCUGAAGGACCAGCUAGUCCAUCCCCACUUCAACAGGCAGCCAAGGGACAUCUUCUUCAGGUCUCUAUCUCAGGAACGCAGCAGCACCUCCUCCUGGACAGACCUGAUGUCGCAGCCUCAUAAACACAAGGAACUGGCCAACUACUGCAGCCUGCUACAGGAGCACUACAACCACAGCUAUGUCAAAGGUGUGUACCGCAGCCUACAGCAGUCCUACAACAUCAGUUCCCAGGACGUGUUGACAGCCAUGGACUACUGUGAGGAGUCUCUCCAGGAGAUAGACAUCACUUCCUUCCUCCAGACACUCUGCGGACACAUCCGGGAGUUCCAGGAGAGCCAUGGAGACGGAGGGGUAAGGGUUCACAGCAGCACCCCUUCCACCUUCACCAUCGGAGAUGCAGAGGAGGACCGGCUUGCCAAGAGGGGACCCAUGGCCUCCUCAUCCAGUAUUGAGAUGGAGGACGUGAGUGAGGCAGAGUCCAGAGGGAAGACUUUGGCCCCCACCUCCUGGCUAGGCCUGGACGAACCCCCCAGGACCACCAGGAUACCAGAGUUCCCUCUGUCCCUCCUCUACCUGCAGCAGAAGUGUGAGCUCUUCCCUGACCUGCACAAAAUCAUACAGGACAAAUUCAUGGAAAUUAGUGCUCAGUACUUCAAGACCGUACCUUCUCAUCCCCACUACUUCUACUACUGCCCAGCAUCAUCGAAGAAAGAGGUAUGUGUAUCACAGUGCCCUUCCUCCUUUAUUUUUUGUUMUCCUCAUGAGUACUCUGAUGGGGAAGAGAAGAGACAACCUAGUGAAGAGGUUGUGUCAGAGGCUGAGCCUGCUACAGAGRACGAGUACAUGUCGGGCUGUUGCAUUGYGACGGAGAGCGACACAGACCUGGAGGUGGAGUACCAGGAGAGGGCUGGAGGCCGGAGAUCCCUAGGGGCAGACAGAGAGGGGGAGGCAGGGGGAGAGUGGGAGGAUGAGUCCCUGUCUGACUCCAACACAGUGAACCAGGACGAUGUCUCCUUCAGAAUCCUAGAGGGAGACAGCCUGUUGGAGCCAGAGGGGCCACAGCCUGAGAUGCCCCCACUGUUCAUCCACCUCACCUGCUCUGUUAACAUGAAGAGUUGCCACGGAUCYAUGCCCAUAACCACGCUACCCACCUGCCUGGGUGAGGUGAUCAUGUGUCUGGAGAAUGCAGAGGCCCUGCAGGCUGUGAAUCUGAAUAAUCUGUCUGUCACACUGGACAUCUUUGUUCUCACCUUACCCCUGGAGAUAGAGGACAUGCAAUCAGACUUGAGACACAACAGGUACACGUCAGAGAGCAGUGUGUCUCUGAACCGUUCUCCAGAUCAGCCCUCUUCCUACCGCUCUGAUGAGGAUGUGAUGGGCAACCUGGACAGAGUAGUAGAGGUCGACGGGGUUGGAGGAGACUCUUUGUCCAAACUCCCAAUUCCCCACAAACUAGCCGUGUUAGCCGCCAUGGAGGAGAUCYGUUGGCUCCUAGAGGAUGAGAUUGUGUCAGCUCUGCGUCACUCCCGGGUCAUCAGCUCGUCCACGCUACAGAAGGUGGCGGGUCACGUGCUUCGCUCWGGCGGGCGACCACGCUGCCACUUUGAGGUCGUUCCCUUGCAGUUUGUCUUUGGCCCUGAGCAGUCCCUGGAAAAGUUCAAAGAGGAGUUCCGUAGGAUGUCAUUCUCAGGUUACUUGCUGAAAGGAGAGCAGGACAACUUCCACUACAUGUCUCUGAGUAGACUCCACCCACAGCGCAUCCAGGCUUCUAUGAGGCUGUCUGAGAGCACUGUUAACACUGAGGGGGCGGGACAGGCCACCCAAACCAACAAUCACUGUGCUGAUGUGGACGACAGUGCCAGGGCUCCGUCCAAUCAUGGUGCACCAGGAAGAAGACCUGACCACGGAACAGAGGUGGAGAGGGUGGAGCUAGACUGUGAGGUGCAGGGAGAAGAGAAGAAGCCUGCUGUCGGGGAUGUUAGUGAUUCUGUUAGUGACCUAGCCCAGGACCCCUGCAACCCUCCAGCCAAACCCACCCGGGAUGACUCCGAGGAGGCCCCCAGACCUCGGUUGAGCUCAGCCGGUGCAACCUCCACAGCCGCUGGGGAUGGACCUCGGGAGAGUUCUGUUGGUGUCUCCACCGGCCGACCCCGACUGAGCUCUGUGGGCAGAGGAGGAGAGGUGAUAGGACCUCAGCUGAGCUCUGUAGGCUCCUCCUUCACGGCCAUGAGGGAUCAAGGCCAACCCAGCACCCCUCACCUCAAGCCCAGCACCAGCACCGACCGCUCCUCAGAAAACACCAAGACCCCAUCCGCAGUCAGCCUGGCCGAGUCGKUGCAGUCCACCACCCACAGUAGUGGCAAGCUGAGGCCCAGCAGAGUACAGAGUGUGGUCUCCAGUCAAGGAAGCCUGGACUCUGACAUGCUGGGUUAUGAUGGUGGCAGCAGUGACUCUGAAUGUGAGAGCCCCACUAUAGAAGAACAGGAGUCCCAGUCCCCCCUGCUGCCUGACUUCUGGCUCAUCGUUAAGGUCCACCAGGACAAAGUAGAGGUGUACUCCCACUCCAGGAGCUUCAACGAAGGGAAGGAGGACGGAGUAGGGGAGGAGGAGGAGGUGCCAGAGUACUUACAGUUGCAUCAGAUGGUGGUGAGGAAGAUUGGGGAGWUCUGCCGUAUAGUCAAUCAGCGUCUUCUACUCCAGGACCUCAAUGACAGCCACGUGUGUAACUCUCUUCUGGUGGCAGAGAGUGAAGAGGAUAUCUGGAAGAACGAGUCCCUGUACAGACAGAAACUGGCCAACUCUGAUGAUUACAAUGCUGAGAACUACCAGCCGCGGGACUACCUUGCUGCCACCAUGCAGUUCAUCCCAGGUCACUUUGCCUGUGAGGUGGUGUGGAGCACCGUCAUCCACAUCCACCCUCGCCUCAAAGUGGGACCCAACGUAGGUGUGUCCAGGGCUAUCCAGGCUCUGCAGUCAGUGCUCAACGCCUUGUGUGUGGUCAACAGGAAGAGCAUGUUUGUCUAUCAGGAGCGCACUACCAAAUCAGUCUUCUACCUGAGACUUUGUGAGACAUCUCAAACAGGGAAGUACUCUGACCUGGAUGGCAGCCUACAGCCCAUGUCUCGCUGUGUCGGUCUCGCCCGGAGCCAGGAGCCCCUCUUCUCUGAGGAGUUCACGGGCUCCCGGUCAUCUCUGGAAGGUCCCCGUCCAGUGGGACAGGUGGACAAACACAUCCUGUUGCUGGUGCAUGGAGUGGGAACUGCUGGUCCAGAGAUCACAGAUGAGCUGGUGAAGGUUCUGAGGAAGCGUCUGGAUGAGACCACCCUGGACAUCAUCACCAUCAUGCUGGGCAGGAACUGCAAACUCACCCCCGCUGACGUGGAGUUUAUCCAGCCAUCAGGGUCUCCAGCCACAGAGGUGAUGGAGUUUACUCUGCCGCAGUGCUUCAUGCCCUGGACCCCUGCUGUGGCCCACUACCUCAGGCAGAACCUGCUCAUCUUCCUCCACAUCCCCAAGUACACAGACAGCUACGUAGAACACCACUUCAAGGUAGGCUACACCACUAGUAUACUACACUGCACUGGUACACAGACAGCUACGUAGAACACCACAUCAAGGUAGGCCUAACACCACUAGUAUA